CUUUCCAAAGUUUGAUAAUUUUCUGUGUAAUUAUUAUCAUUUAUGAUGGGUGUUUGAAAUGUUUGGUUUGUUUUAACAUUGGUGUUGUGGUGGACAUUUGAUUUAAGCUUUGAUUGGUUUAUGUUCCCUUUAUUAUGUUAAAUGUAGAUCCAUUGAUAGAUUUUAUAUAAAUUAUAUCAAAUUUUAUAUUGACCUGUGAUUCUUUUCUUGAGUCUAAUGAUACUGCCAUCUAGGUUGAGUUGGAAUGUGUUUUUGAGAUUGCCAUGUGUAUGGGGAAGUGAUAGUGAGCUGUGUGAUGUGGAACCUAAUUCUGGAGAAAGUGAUGGUGCAUGAAGCAGAACAAAGUUCCCAAUGAGUAGAUAUUGGUGCUAAAAGGGAAGAAAGUGAGGUAAAAGAUUUGACAGUGAUGAAAAAGAAAGAUAUGGUUGGGAGUAGUGACAAGCAGGAGACAAGAAGUAAUCAAAAGUGGAUUAAAGACGUUUGAGAAGAACCAUUAUCCAAAUAAUGAAGAUAAGGAGGUUGAUCAAGCUAAAAGUCCGAGGUAAUGGCUAGCCAAAAUGGCCUCAAGUAUAGUUCAAUUGUUCUAAGCUUACAUUUGGUUGAAAUACAUAAGAUCUUUAGCGAAGAAAUAUUGGAAUAGUUAUUAUUAAGAUAAUUAACUUUAAUUUUAUGAAGUUUUUCUAAGAACUCAAAUAUGUAUAAGCAUCCUCUUUACACUUAAAACAAGAUAAUUGAAUCAUUGUUACCUCUGUGAAGUGAGAUGAGAACCAACUUGUUUCGUUAUAUUUUGAGUUAUCUAUUCACCUACACAAGUCACGCCAUCAAAUGAAUAAAGUAAAAUAAGUUUA